AUGGCCCCCAAGAAACCCCCAGCACCACCAAAGGGAGCGGCGGCGCCACCACCAAAGGGAGCACCGCCACCACCACCACCACCAGCACCGGAACAAAGUGGCAUGACACCGCAAAAAUUAAAGACGAUAUGGAUGUGUAUUGUCGGGACGGUAUUGGUCUUCGGGACCAUAGCUGGAGUGAUGGGCCAUCUCUAUAAGAAAAUGCAGGCAGAAGAAGAACAUCCCCUCGAACAGCCGGUGUCCAGACUCAGAGGCUCAAUGGCCGCUUCAUACAGACGCCCUAAGCUCAAUUACGGAAAUGCCAUAAAGGUAGCGGAAGAAGUAAAGACAUUGCCAGACCAUUUAGAUGAGGCUGAAAAGAACUACAGGAAACGGAAACUGAAGUACCAAACCUUCUUCCUUAAAGGUGGGAAGUCUCCUGGUAGCUGGGAUGCUUUUGGGAGGAAUCUCUACUACAUUUCAAAAGGAAAAAAGAGCUGGUACGAUGCUGAGAAUUUCUGCGAGUCCAGAAAUGCCCACUUGGCCUCCAUCCUGACUGAUGAAGAACAGAACUUUGUCACUUCUCUGCUCAGUGACCCCACUUGGAUCGGCCUCACAGAUGAAACGGAGGAAGGCAAAUGGGAAUGGACAGAUGGCUCCCAAUUUGAAAAACAGUAUUGGUCUCACAAACAGCCUGCCUACAGACGGCACAACGGAGUAGUAGAGCAGGAUUGUGUCUCCAUCGUGCCUACGAGUAACAACUAUAACUGGAACGAUGCCUACUGUCAUGAACAGCACAGAUGGGUUUGUAAGGAAAAUCUGGAUAUUGAAGAACUGUAA